AUGAGCACCCACGAUAUCUACAAUGCUUUCGAACAGUAUGGGAAUCUGAUUUCUAUCGACAUUUGGGAGGACGUCGCCGGUCGUCCUGAUUCCAAAGCACGCAUUCGUUUCAAACCUCCUCCAAGUGAAGACUUUUGGAGAACUGGCUCUUUUGGUGUGAGGCUCCGGGGUGGCCGUGUUGCGGUGUUAUCGCUCAGUGUCUACUGUGGUGACCCAGCUGGUUACAUUCCGAGCCCUGUCCGCCCAGAUGUUAAGCUCCCUAGUGAACUGGAGUUGAAAACUGUUCAAAUCGACAUCGGCGUUCUCCUAGCUCCGUCCACCGUGCAUUUUAUGCAAAGCUUCAACAACCUGACAUACCCCAGAUGUGUGGUCGAUGUGAUGCGCAAGUGCUUGUUACUGUACCUCAGAGUAGGUAUCCGGGGGUCAGAGACUACCGAUGUGACUCAACAUGACUAUCGUGUCAAAAUCACCUUCCUCCAAUUGUCCCAGAUUUACCAACAAUACGACAGAGCCACAAGACAAAAGUCAUUCUUGAUUGUCCUAGACUCUGCCCCCAUCUGGCAUCGAAAGGCCACAGACAUUCCGUCCACAGUGACCGAGCCGUUGAGCUGGAGAGAAGAGGAUAGCUGGUAUCGCCAGACCUCCGUGACGCAUAACCCGAACUCGCUAAAGAAUCUUCCCACAAAUUUGAAGAAGUUGGGACAUAUCAUCGACUUAGGCCGAUGGAACGUGUUUAAGAUCUCAUUCGCCGCCGACCUGGACCCCAGUUUUCGCCGUGCGGGCGACACUAGCCACCAUUUGAUGCUCGUUGCGGACAUUUUCCAAGACUACAACAUCACCAUCAAAGAUGGGAGUCACUUUGUUGAGAAUCCAGACCGACCGGUACCAGUAUGGCAGUGGAUUGACUUUUCUGAGUCCAAGUCCAACAAGGCCUCCGCGUUACUGCAAGACUUGGGAGAUCAGAACUAUAUACACCUCUCCUUUAGAGUCCGGUAUCAACUGGAGGUUUGUUUGUCCCAGGGAUACCUCUCUGAAUUCACCAUGACUCGUGAAUUUGUAGAGAAAAUAAAGGACCUCGGAGAUGACCAAGCUAUGAAACUGCUAGAGUUUGUUGCAACCGAAAAGAAACAGUACCUUAAUCCGAUGAAGAUCUUCGAUCUCAAAUUUUUCAAGGGAGUGACUGACUCGAAGAUUCCGAGCUACUGUUGCUACAUGCACACAGCACGAGUCACCCCGACUACGAUCUACUACAAUACUCCAACAGUAGACAUCUCAAAUCGAGUUGUGCGUGAAUGGGCCAACAAAGGUGCACCUGGGCGCUUUCUUCGGGUUCGCUUUACAGAUGAAAGAACUGAAGGUCGUAUCAAUGCGUCGCUAGGCGAUUCCAACGACGAAAUCUACACCCGUGUCAAAAGGACACUAUCAAACGGUAUCACCAUUGGAGAUCGUCGCUACGAGUUCCUCGCAUUCGGCAACUCUCAGUUCCGUGAGCAUGGUGCUUACUUUUUUGCACCGGAUGCUGGUGUCUCAGCAGCAACCAUCCGGGCCUGGAUGGGCCAAUUCAACCACAUCCGAAAUGUGGCAAAAUAUGCUGCAAGACUAGGACAAUGCUUCUCGACCACCCGGGCUUUUACUGGAUCCUCUGUUCAAGUUGCUCCUUGCGAUGACGUUAUUCGCAAUGGCUUCACGUUCUCAGAUGGAGUGGGAAAGAUUUCCAAAUUCCUGGCGCAGAUGGUCACAUCCCAGCACAAAAUUAAAACUAUCGCUGGAGACCCUCCUUCGGCCUUCCAAUUUCGUCUUGGAGGAGCCAAGGGCAUGCUGGUUGUCUCCCUGGACCCUCUGCCCCAGGAGGUACACCUUCGGCCAAGCCAACAAAAGUUUGAGACCAACCAAGCUGGCUUGGAGAUCAUCCGUUGGUCCCAGUUUUCUCUUGCCACUUUAAACCGCCAGUUAAUUCUUGUGCUUUCUGCUCUGGAUGUCCCGGAUCAAGUGUUCCACAAAAAGCUCAACAGCAUGUUGGGUGGCUUCCAUCGAGCGAUGGGCAAUGAUUUGAAAGCAAUCCAGCUUCUUCAGAAGUAUAUCGAUCCAAACCAAACAACCCUAACAUUGGCUCAGAUGGUAUCUGAUGGAUUCCGGCGACAGGAGGAGCCGUUUGUCACUACUAUGCUUGAGCUUUGGAAGUCCUGGCAUCUGAAGCAUCUCAAAGAGAAAGCAAAGAUUGCCAUAGACCAAGGAGCCAACCUUCUCGGUGUUAUGGACGAGACAGGUGUUUUGAAAGGGUACUUUAAAAACGCAUUGCCGCCCGGAAGAGCCUCCUAUGCACAGAAACUGGCUGCUCUCCCUGAAAUCUUUGUCCAGGUCUGCCGGCUAGAUGGAGGUGACGAGUACGAAGUCAUUGAGGGUCUCUGUAUUCUCGCUCGCAAUCCUUCGCUUCAUCCUGGAGAUAUUCGCGUAGUUCGAGCAGUGAAUAAACCAGAGCUGCAAGCACUUCGGGACGUGGUUGUACUUCCCCAAACUGGCGAUCAGGACAUUGCGAGCAUGUGCUCCGGAGGUGACCUUGACGGUGAUGACUAUCUCGUUAUCUGGGACCCUGAUCUAAUUCCAGGAAAGUGGUUUGUCGAAAGUAUGGACUACAAGGGUACCAAAGCCCCAGAUCUUGAUCACGACGUGACAGUUGAUGAGAUCACUUCAUUCUUCGUUACCUAUAUGAAGAAUGAUUGCCUUCCUCGAAUUGCACACGCUCAUUUGGCUUGGGCCGACAGGCUCCCGAGGGGUGUGUGGGAAGAAAAGUGCAUCCAUCUCGCUCAGCUUCAUUCCGAUGCAGUUGACUAUAACAAAAGCGGUGCACAUGCGAGAAUGACCCGGUCUCUAGAUCCCAAGUUCUGGCCUCAUUUCAUGGAAAAGAGGUAUAAGAGACCAUCUAGCAUUUACAAGUCGAUCAAAAUCCUCGGUCAACUAUACGAUGCAGUCGUCACUCCUGACUUUGUUCCCAAGCUAGAGAAACCCUUUGAUUCUCGCAUCCUCGAAUCCCCGCUGGCUGGAGCAAGUGAGGCCUACAUGGAAUACGCCCGCGAGCUCAAGGCAGAAUUUGACAUGAACAUGCGACAGAUUAUGGCUCAGUAUGAGAUCAAUACUGAGUUUGAGGUGUGGUCAACAUUCGUACUUCGCCACGGCUUCGUGAUCAGGGACUACAAGAUGCAGGAAGAUCUAGGCAGGAUCGUGGGCACACUCCGUCGCGGAUUCCGCCACCAGUGCUACGACAAAGUUGGCCGUGAUGGUGGAAACAUUCCUCCAUUGGUCAUAGCCAUGUACCGUGUUACUCAUGAGCAGGUAGCCGCAGCACUGGAGGCUCGACGCCAGGAGGCACUGCAGAGAGAGGAUCUUUCCAUUGUUGAGGUGAACUCAACUGAGUUUCCGCUCAUUAGCUUCCCUUGGAUUUUCCCGGAUGUUCUCGGUAAUGUUGCGACGGGUCGAGCACGACAAGCUCCAGUCUCAGAGGAAUCAGAGGGUGGCGGUUCUGAAAAGCCUAUCGGCGACGGCGUGGUCUACACUCAUCCGCAGAUCCUCAAGAUUGUUGAAGGCAUGGAUGAGGGGAUGCAGCCAAAGGAUGUGAAUGAGGACACAAAGCCCAAGGCUAAGGUGGGCUCUAGCUCCGCGGCCCCGGAUCAAGAACUCAUUGCUCGUCGGCGCAUUGACAAGACCGAACCCAAACCCCAAGAAAAGGAUGAGAGUGUGUCCUUCGAUGAGGAUGAUGAGGGCGAGGGGGGUGUGGAAUUAGGAGCCGCUGAGGAUGACAAGGUUGAAAAGAAGGAAGCUGUACCGGGGGAUAUUGUAGAAAGGGAAGGCGAUGUGCGGCCUUCGGCGCUUGACGCCCUGAUCAACAUGAUUGACAGUUGA